AUGAACGGAACAAACGUUUCGUUGUCUAACCAGUCAUCGACAUGGACCGGUGCUACAUUUAUGAAUUAUUUGCAACUGUUCUACAUUCCUUUUCUCGCUGUACUCGGGAUUUGUGGAAAUAUCAUUUGUGCCAUCGUCUUCACUACCAAAUCGCUAAGACGCCUUCGUUCAUCAUCGUUCCUAUUUCUCCUAGCAGUCGGUGAUGUUUUCUUUCUUAUCGAUCUCAUACCCGGUUGGAUCAAUACCAGUUUCUUUCGUUCUUUAUAUCAUGGCACAAUUGUCAUCUGUAAAAUUCAAACGUACGUGUCCUUCGUAGCGUCAUUUGUUCACAUCUGGAUGGUGCUAGCUUUCACGGCUGAACGUUUUCUUGCUGUGAACUUUCCCUUGCGACAUAUGUCUCAAUGCACACCGCGAUUUUCGCGAACGAUUAUUUUAAUUAUCAUCUGUCCGGCAUUGGUAUUCUACAUUUAUCCAUCGUUUUUCGCUUCUGAAGUCGAUAAAUAUGGGCAAUGUCGAGAGAAGGAAAGUCACCUUCGUUAUUUGACGCACGUGAACACCAUCGAUACGAUCAUGACGAUGUUUCUACCGUUCAUUGUUGUUUCGAUUUUAAACGUUCUAAUCAUUCGUAGAUUGUUCUGCUCAGACACCUUUCGAAAACAUGUCUUCGACAAUGGAUCGAGUUACCAAUGUCGACGUACGUCAAGUUGGACGUCAACACCGACGUUCGCCUCAACUCGAUCAGAAAAGUCUCCAGUAGUUCCUCGGAAAAAACAACAACGGCAAGAUUCAACUCGACGACAUGUUUUAAAUGAAUUACGGCUCACUAAAAUGCUGUUAGCUAUAUCAUUAACAUGUCUUUCGCUUAAUUUUCCAUCGUAUUACUUACGAUUGAUUGUUUUCUAUGAACAAACAAAUGGCAACUCGACAAUUGAUGAGCGCUAUUCAAGCUUUGCACUCUAUCGAGAUAUUUUGCUGCAUAAUCUAUCGUAUUUAAGUUAUUCAGUAAACAUUGUUAUUUAUAUUCUCUUUGGAGCAAAUUUCCGUCGGGCAUUAAAACGCGCUUUUGUGCCAAACAAAAGAGUUAAUUCAAAAUUAUUAAAGUUAAAGGCAAUCAGUAAUGAUAACGACACAUGGUCCCUUGAUUAUUCUAUAGCGGAAACAACAACAUCGUUUAUUAGUUCUCUGCGUAGUCGUUCCAAAUCUCCUAAACUUCGCGAACAACCUACUCUACAUCGAGAACUGACGAAAAAACUAAGCGAACGCAAAUCAUGA